UGUCUAUAGGAAUAAGAUAUUUUCGCGCGCCCAAGUCGAUAGUGCCUAGGGUUUCUUGUGCGACCAUGGAUCCGAAAUCGGCGAGCGAGACCAAGACGAUGACCGAAGAAGCUUCGAAGGAGCAGGAGACGAAGACGACGGAGUCAAUGGAGAUGGCGGAUUCGUCCGUCAAGAAGCGCAAGGCCGAAGAAGAUGCCUCUGAUUCCGAAUAUGCGUCUGAUCCCGAGGACGACGGUGAAGAUGGCGAGAUGGAGGUCGAGAAUGAGGCCGGAAAAGAGGGUAGCAGCAGCUCGGACGACAUACCCGAAUGGGGCGUUGACAGCUUCGACGGGGCGGAGUACGAGUCGCCUGACGAUGAUCAUAAGUAUUUGUCGGACGAGGAGGCUAAUCUGAAAGUGCGUCGAUACCUUCGUCAGAUUCACGAGACCAGGGGUUUCGAGGUGGAUAGGGAAUUGAUUCCUAGAUGCAUCGGAGGAUACCAUCAGGUUAAUCUCGACGGCCCCUUCUUGCACGGCCUCACAGGCCGCCGAUACAUGGAAGAUAUGGCGAAACUGUGUCUGGAGAAAUACAACCAGAUUGAGGCUAGUACUCAACCUUGCUUGGAUUGGAUUGUAUAUGUUCUGCUGGUCUCCUUCCUUCCUGUAUUGAUUCAUGAUCUUAUUAUGUGAUUUGACAGG